UCUGGGUGACCACAUCUGUCUUCUCCUCCCCAGGUGACCAGGCAUUGAUGCACCGCCAGGAAGGCCACGUGCUCAAGGAGGCCGUCCCCGCUGGCUGCUGCUCACAUGGUGUCUGGGCCCCUGUCACUCCGGUGGUGCGCGUGGGCAGGGCGCAGGGACAUGGGGCCUGAGAUGGAGCUGCCCAGCCACUCGAAGCAGCUCCUGCUGCAGCUGAACCAGCAGAGGACCAAGGGCUUCCUGUGCGAUGUCAUCAUCAUGGUGGAAAACUCCAUCUUCCGGGCCCACAAGAACAUCCUGGCCGCCAGCAGCAUCUACUUCAAGUCCCUGGUCCUGCAUGACAACCUCAUCAACCUGGACACAGACAUGGUCAGCUCCACAGUGUUCCAGCAGAUCCUGGACUUCAUCUACACGGGCAAGCUGCUGCCCAGUGACCAGCCAGCCGAGCCCAACUUCAGCACUCUCCUCACUGCCGCCAGCUACCUCCAGCUGCCUGACUUGGCAGCCCUCUGCCGUCGCAAACUCAAGCGGGCCGGUAAGCCCUUCGGCUCUGGGCGGGUCGGGGCCACUGGCAUGGGGCGGCCUCCCCGCAGCCAGCGGCUAUCCACGGCCUCCGUCAUCCAGGCUCGGUAUCCUGGGCUCGUGGACGGGCGCAAGGGGGCCCACGCCGCCCAGGAGCACCCCCAGGCCAAAGGUUCAGAUGAGGAGCUCUUCCUGGGUGGCUCUAACCAGGAGAGCGUGCACGGCCUGGGCCUGGCUGUCUGCCCAGCUGGUGGGGAAACAGGCCUCGGGGGCUGCAGCAGCAGCACCAACGGGAGCAGUGGGGACUGUGAGCAAGAGCUGGGCCUGGACCUGUCCAAGAAAAGCCCACCCCUGCCUCCCGCCACCCCCGGGCCCCACCUCACCCCUGAUGACCCAGCCCAGCUGAGCGACAGUCAGCACGGCUCACCCCCCUCAGCUUCUGCCCCUCCCGUUGCCAACAGUGCCUCUUAUGCCGAGCUGGGGGGCACCCCCGAUGAGCCCAUGGAUCUGGAGGGGGCUGAGGACAGCCAUCUCAGCCUGCUGGAGGGGCCUGGUGGGCAGCCUCGGAAGAGCCUCUGGCCCUCGGCCCCCAAGAAGGAGUGGAGCAAGAAGGAGCCCGCGGCUGGCUCCCCCUUUGAGCGAAGAGAAGUGGGGCCCAAGGGCCCCUGCCCAGGGGAGGAGGGCGAGGGGCUCGGGGACAGGGUUCCCAAUGGCAUCCUGGCCAGUGGGAGUGGCCCCAGUGGGCCCUAUGGGGAGCCCCCGUACCCCUGCAAGGAGGAGGAGGAGAACGGCAAGGAUGGCAGCGAGGACAGCGGGCAGAGUGGGAACGAGGGGGGCAGCGGCCAUGCUGGUGCCCACUACCUCUUCUGGCAGGAGGGCUAUGAGACAGUGCCCUACGGGGACAACCUGUACGUGUGCAUACCUUGCGCCAAGGGCUUCCCUAGCUCUGAGCAGCUCAACGCGCACGUGGAGACGCACACGGAGGAGGAGCUGUUCAUCAAGGAGGAGGGAGCCUACGAGACUGGCAGCGGGGGUGCCGAGGAGGAAGCCGAGGACCUGUCGGCGCCCAGCGCGGCCGAGCCCCGGCCCUUCAAGUGCUCGGUCUGUGAGAAGACCUACAAGGACCCGGCCACGAUGCGGCAGCACGAGAAGACGCACUGGCUGAUGAGGCCCUUCCCCUGCAACAUUUGCGGCAAGAUGUUCACGCAGCGCGGCACCAUGACGCGCCACAUGCGGAGCCACCUGGACCUGAAGCCCUUCGCCUGCGACGAGUGCGGCAUGCGCUUCACGCGCCAGUACCGCCUCACUGAGCACAUGCGUGUGCACUCAGGCGAGAAGCCCUAUGAGUGCCACCUCUGCGGGGGCAAGUUCACCCAGCAGCGCAACCUCAUCAGCCACCUGCGCAUGCACACCUCCCCCUCCUAGAAGCCAAAGACCCGCGGGCGCCCUCUGCAGACUCGCGCCUCGGGAACCCCCGCAAGGAGGCGCACCCCUGGGUCCAGCAGGGGCUUGCGGCAGCCCCUCCAGCCCGGCCUGCCCACACCCAGAGCUUUAAUCGACAGUCUGUACCAAGUGAAGCCGAGAGGAGGGAAGCCAGCGGGCCCGGCCCGACUACCUCCCCAUCCC